AUGCUUGCUCAAGGAUACACUGCCUUCUGCUUUACAAUCGACAAUGCAUUAAAGGCGGUCUAUGGCCUUGAAGAUGAGCUUCGACCUGACGCUGCUGGGACGGUUAAGACCUUGCAGAAGCGUGGCGUCUUGAUACAUGUGGUCUCUGGCGACGAUGACGGAGCUGUUCAGAUCUUAGCGUCCAAGCUUAGCAUUCCUGGCGACAAUGUGCGUUCUCGAAGUUCACCCACCGACAAAAAGGACUACAUCCAGAAGCUCCUCGGUACUGGCACAGAUUGCAAGGAACCGGUUGUUGUUUUCUGUGGUGACGGCACGAACGAUGCCAUUGCUCUUGCGCGGGCUACAAUCGGCGUCCACUUGAACGAAGGCACGGAUAUCGCGCAAUCCGUCGCGGAUGUGGUUCUCAUGCGGCCUUCUUUGGCUGGCAUCCCCACCAUGAUGAACGCCAGUCGGAAGGCUAUCUACCGCAUCAAGUUCAAUUUUACAUGGAGCUUCGUAUACAACAGCUUUGCGGUCCUUCUCGCUGCGGGUGCUUUCGUCAGUGCGAGAAUUCCUCCAGAAUUUGCAGGGCUGGGAGAGCUAGUGAGUGUGCUGCCAGUUAUUGCGGCUGCGGUGCUUCUGCGCUGGUCGAAGAUCUAA